AUGACUCCGCCGCCGCAGCCGCAGCCGCAGCCGAGCCAUGACUCGCUGCCGGCGCUGCCCGAUGACCUCAUCGUCGAGAUCCUCCUCCGACUGCCGCCUGACGAGCCGGAGUAUCUCUUCCGCGCCUCCCUCGUCUGCAAGCUCUGGGGCAACCUCCUCUCCGGCCGCGCCUUCCGCCGCCGCUACCGCGAAUUCCAUCAAGCACUUCCCGUGCUGGGAUUCUUUCGUAACCUGUCCGGCCUAGCCCGCUUCGUCCCCACUACGGCAUUCCGCCCUCCCGACUCCGGCAAAAGCUUCGCCUUCGAUUGCCGCCAUGGCCGCGUCCUCCUGAGCGACCGCAGCUUCCCGGAUUCCUUUACCCUCUGGGACCCCAUGACCAACGAGAAGCAGCGCGUGCGCCACCCCGCCAUCCGGGGGAGUUGCUACAACGCGGGGGUGUUCUGCGCCACGCCCGGCUGCGACCACCUUGACUGCCAUGGGGGUCCUUUCCUGGUGGCCUUCGUCGGCACGGACGCCGACGACGACGGCGCGCGCGCCUGCCUCUACUCUUCAGAGACCGGUGUGUGGAGCUCGCCGUCCUAUGUUGAGUUCGGUUAUGAGCUCGAUUCCUAUGUCGACUCGAUGCCCCCCGUCAUGGUGGGAGACGCUCUCUACUUCACCUGUGGGACCGGCAGCCUGAUCCUGCGCUACAACUUGGGCGGCGAUCGGGGCCUAUCAGUGAUCGAUGCCAUGGACGUUUACGAGGGCGGGGAUAACCAGGAUGGGGGUGGCGUUGUCAUCAUGCCAGUGGAAAAUGGUGGACUUGGGCUCGCUGUCCUUAACAUGUUCACCCUCUACCUGUGGGUGCUGAAGACGGGUCCUGGCAGAGCCGCGCGGUGGAAAAAAAGUGGGGUCAUCAAGCUCGAUAUGCUCUCCAUUGGCGACCCAAGGCACUCACUGUGUCUGCUGUCCGCCUUUGCCAAGGGCCGCGCUUCCGAUGUCAUUUUCGUCAGCACGCAUGCUGGUGUCUUCAUGAUCGAGCUCAAGUCGGAGCAAGUGACCAAGGUGUGCGAGAAGGGAUUGUUCAAUGUCUUUCCUUACAUGAGCUUCUGUACUCCAGGUACUAUCCUCAACCUUACCAAGUUCUAUACGAUUGAACUUUGUGGACAUUCCCCCGCAAAUAAAAAUAAAAAAAGUUUGUGGACAUUCAGUCAUAAUGGAAUAUAUAUAGAACUGAGUUUGCAAUUUGUAAGAUUUACCUAG